AUGUCAGUAGAUCAGACAAUAACAGAACUCAGUGGGACUUUGGCUCAACUCAGUUCAUUAGUUGCUCAUAUUAAUGGACAAAUAUCGGGUAUAACUGGAAGAAUCAAUUUGACGCUAGAUAAUUUUGAUAUGGCGGUUGCUAAUUUAGCAAAAGAUGCUGGAUCAGUUACAUAUCAAGUUGGAGAAACUGUUUCUCAGGUUAGCUGGUUUUUUUAUUUGGAAAUUUAAUUUUUAAAUUUUUGUGUUUUCAGGUUCCAAAUAGUUGGGUAUUUUAUCUGUUAUUCAUAACAUUAAUUGUUGUAUUUCUACUAUUAUCCAUAGUUUUGCUAUUGAAUUUGGUUACAAAAGCACAUGCAAUUUAUUCGAUAAUGAAAUCAGAUGACAGUGAGUUUUUUUUUGGCAAUCAUAGAAAAAUGUAACUUCUAACCUAUCGGUGUGUGAUGUGUUUCGUAUUUUUUUUGAACUUCUAUGAUUAACUUCUAACUUCUUCCUUUAAAUAGGUUCUUCUCAACAAAUGUUAAUGUCUCCAUCAUCUUCGGUUAAUAAAUCAGAUCGAUCUGAAUUAUUUCGAAGAGAUAUUUAUGCAAUUGGAAAUGGAAAUGGUGACAAAAAUCGGCCAAGAAGUUCAAUGCGGCAUGUUCAAAUUCCAAUGGAAGCCGAACCGAGAAGACCUGGACAAAGAAGAGGUAACAGUUUGAUGUUGUUUUUUUUUGGGUUCAUCGUGAUUUUCCAAAAUUUAGUUGAUUUGAAGAUGUUGUGAAAUAAAAAAAUGAAAUAAUGGAACUGAAACUGUUUUGCUGUUCUUAACGCUUUCUAGAUUUUCAAAAUAUUUUUUCACAAUUCUAAAACUAUUCUUUUUCAGAAACUACAUCAACAAUAUCAGUGGAACAAUCACAAAACGGUCAAAGACCAUAUCAAAGAAGAUCUGAUGAAUCUGUUGGAGGUGGAAAAUAUAAUGUAGAUCAAAGACCUCAAUACACAUCAAGUCAAUUGAAUGUAUAG